AUGGAUCCAGUGAAUGUUGCAAAGGCCGGUCCUUCCGAGUUCACUACUCCAGAGAGAUCAGCUCGACAACGACGAUCUAGAGUAAUACAGCUGAUUGGAAAACUGGUCUUGGGCCUUUUCUUUUUGGCUUUGAUAUAUAAGGGUUUGGUUCAUGUUUUUGAUGAUCAAAAUGGUCGGUUUUGGAGCUGGGAUGCAAAACAGAAUAGUGGUGUUGGGCAAGAUGAGCAGUCUGGAGGAAGCCAAUAUUUACUCGGAGUUGGAAAGGCGGAUAUCACUGGUCCAGUGGUUGAGAUAAACAUGAUGGGAUAUGCAGACACUAAGCAAGUUGGCUCAGGUCUUCGUCAGCGUCUCUACUCCCGAGCCUUCAUCGUAGGAGAUAUCAAGCACCCAGAUGACCGCUUCAUCUAUCUAGUCCUAGACACCCAGUCUGGAGAUACCGCCGUUCGGUAUGGGAUCCUAGAAGAUCUAGCCAAGCUUGGCGGGGAUUAUGCUGUUUAUGGACAGCAUAACGUUGCUGUAACAGGCACGCAUUCUCACUCUGGACCUGGAGCAUGGUUGAAUUAUCUCCUGCCUCAGAUCACGAGCAAAGGCUUUGAUAAGCAGAGUUACCGGGCUAUUGUUGAUGGUGCUGUUUUGUCUAUCCAGAGAGCACAUAGUAGCCUUCAACCUGGUACUUUGAUUGUUGGGUCGACCAAGGUUUUUGGUGCGAAUAUUAACCGCAGUCUCUAUGCGUAUCUUUCCAAUCCGGAGUCUGAAAGGAUAAAUUACAAUGCUAGUGCUGAGGAUGAUGGAAGCGUGGAGAAGACUCUGACCCUACUGAAAUUCCAGCGCGCUUCAGAUGGAAAGAGUACUGGUGUUCUCACCUGGUUCCCGACUCACGGAACAUCCAUGCUAGGCAACAACACGCUGAUAUCAGGGGACAACAAAGGAGUAGCUGCAGAUCUAUUCGAAAAGAGCUUCUCCCCAGACGACAAUGUUGCCGAAGGGUUCGUGGCAGGUUUCUCCCAAGCAAAUGUUGGUGAUACAAGUCCAAACGUCCUAGGCGCCUGGUGCGAAGACGAGACCGGAGGAGAAUGCAGCUUCAAGAAUAGCACCUGCAGUAAUGGUAAAUCUCAAUACUGCCAUGCGCGCGGCCCCUUCUUCCAAACCAAAGACAACGGUGCUUCAUCUUGUUUCGAGGUUGGGAAAAGACAGUUCGAACCUGCGAGGGCGUUAUACGAUGUCCUAGAUGAAAAGGGCACUCCCGUCACAGGAUCCUCAGUCAAAUCUUUCCACACCUUCCAGGAUAUGUCGAAUUUUAGCUUCCCGCUGGCGAAUGGGAGCUAUGUCAAUACCUGCCCGGCAGCGCUGGGCUAUUCAUUUGCUGCUGGUACAACAGAUGGGCCAGGGGCGUUUGAUUUCACGCAAAACGACCCCAACGACCCCAAUGCCUCGCCUGUAUGGCGGGUAGUCUCAGGCCUCAUCAAAGAGCCGAGUGAGCACCAGAAACGGUGCCAUUUCCCGAAGCCAAUCUUACUCGAUGUAGGAGAAAUAACUACGCCUUACCUGUGGACACCAAACGUCGUAGACGUUCAAGUCCUGCGUGUUGGGCAGCUGGUUAUAAUAGUCAGUCCAGGUGAGGCAACGACGAUGUCCGGGCGACGGUGGAAGGAAGCAGUACAUGAUUCUGCUGCUUCCCUUGCACUGUCCGGCUCGGAUGUUGAUCCAGUAGUCGUUAUCGGCGGGCCAGCGAAUUCUUACGCACACUACAUUGCUACACCAGAGGAAUACGGCAUCCAGCGCUACGAAGGUGCAUCUACACUGUACGGCCCCUAUACACUAAACGCCUACAUCAACCUCACGCUCAAAUACCUCCCCUAUCUAAGCUCUUCCGCACGCACGAAGCCAGCUCCAGGGCCUCCGCCGCCAAACAACGUUAAUAAAUCACUCUCGUUCAUCACAGGCGUCAUCUACGACGGCAAGCCGGUAUUUAAAUCCUACGGCGAUGUUAAAGAGGAUGUCAAAGCCUCAUAUCCAGCAGGCUCAACAGUCGAAGUGACGUUUAUAGGCGCCAACCCUCGCAACAAUCUUCGGCUUGAGCAAACGUUUGCCGCUGUGGAGAAACUGGACACUGAGGAUGGAAAGUGGAAGAGAGUGCGCGAUGACAGUGAUUGGAGCUUGGUCUUCAACUGGAAGAAGAUCAGCGAGGUUUUGGGCACGAGCGAAGUGGAGAUUGUGUGGGAUACUGAGGAGUGGGUUGAGAAGGGGGGGAUAUAG